AUGAGAGCUGACAUUGAUAGAAGUUUUGAUCUGACUGAACGUCUAGAAGGUGUUCGCCUAAUGAUAGGAGUGGCGUGUUCUCUGAACAUCAGACUAUUCCAGCUGGGAUUCUUUGGAAGUUCAACCUUCUGUGACAGCCGUGAUGAGAUCUAUGUGACUCAACCAAAAGGGUUCAAAAAUCCAAUUUUCCCAGAGUAUGUCUACAAACUCAAACAGGAUUUAUGUGGAUUGAAACAAGCUCCGUAUGGCUGGUACAGAAAACUUACUGAGUUUCUCACUGAACAUGGAUUUGAAAGAGGUAAUGCUAACAAAACUAUGUUUGUGCUAAAAAGGGAUAUGAACCUACUUAUAGUUCAAACCUUUGAUCACAAUAUCGUGUUUGGAAGCACAAGAAAUGAGCUGGCCUUCAACUUUGUGGAAAUGAUGAAAAGAAAGUUUGAAAUGGUCAUGGUGGGUGAGAUGACAUACUGUCUCGGUCUUCAGAUUAAACAGACGAAUGGUGGAAUCUACAUUUCUCAAGAAUCAGCUGCAAAGAACAUUCUCAGGAAACUUGAAGUUCAAAUGAAUAGAGAAUCUCAAACUCCCAUGGGAACUGAUCUGAGAAUGUCCAGAAGUGAACAUGAAGAAAGGGCUGAUGCUGAGCUCUAUGAGGAAAUGAUGUCUGGUUUACUCCAGUUGACUGCAACAAGACCUGAUAUAAGUUUCAGUGUGGGAGUCUGUGCUAGAUACCUAGAAGAUCCAAGGAUGUCUCACUUUCAUGCUGCAAGACGCAUCCUAACCUAUGUGAAAGGUACAACAAGUCUUGGUCUGUUUUAUUCUAAAGAUACUAAUCAAAGUCUUGCAAGCUUUUGUGAUUCAGACUGGGCAGGAAAUCGAGACGAUGGAAAAAGUAUCUCAGGUGGAUGUCUCAUGAUGGGAAACAAUCUUAUAUCAUGGUACAGCAAAAAACAGAGAUACAUUGCCAGAAGUACAGGAGAAGCUCAGAUUGAUGCUUUCGGAAACUGCUACACACAACUGGUGUGGAUAAAGCAAUUGCUAUUUGACUAUGGUAUUGUUGUCCCUUCCAUAUCUAUUUUCAGUGACAAACCUGAUUGCAUAAAUGCCUUGAAAGACAUCACUCAUCAUGAACUUGAUAAGCAUAUUGAUAUUAGGCACCAUGUUGUCCAAGAACUUAUUGCAAACAAGACUAUUAAAAUGUCUUAUGUCUCUUCAGAAAAUCAGAUUGCAAAACUCUUCACAAAACCUUUGAAUUUUAUUAGUUUUAGUAACUUUAAAAAUUCAAUUGGAAUGUGUGACCACUGA